GUGCAUUCUUGAACUUCAGCUAUUAAAUUAAACUCUACAGCAGUUAUUAAUCUUACUGUGAUACUAGUCCACAUAAUUUGCAAUAAUGCAUUCUCAUGUUGGAUAACAUUAGAUGUCUGACCCAUGGGGGGUGUCCGUGUAUAUAUAUGUAUUUAUAUAUAUAUAUAUAUAUAUAUAUAUAUGUAUAAACAGUUCAAAGUAUGUAAGAGGAGAGAGUGUUGAAACCACAGGUUUGAAGGAAACCAAAUUUUGAAGUUAUUCUAGUAUGUAACAUCUAGACAAGUUAUGCCUUUUUCUGCCUCAUAUCAUCGUUUUGUUGAGCUGUAUGUUUGGGGGUGCUUCAAAAAUAAAAGCAUUAUACCCGCAGUAAAUGAGGUCCUGAGAUAAAGGCUCAAGCGUAUACAGAACAGAGGUACAGAAGAGCUGAGCUGCUAAGUAUGUAAUGUGUUGGGAAAAUGUUGUUAGGUGCACUGAGUUGUGUUGGUCCUCAGCUGUUAAACAGUACUGCGCAGAAGUAGUGCGAUAUGGUCCAGCAACCCCUAGUUUUAAAAGUUAUCCUUGCACUGACCUGGCCCUCUAGUUCGGCUUGCAGGAAGGAUACUGGCUUUUAGGCUGCGAGCUGCCUGUUGGACGUGGCGAAGGUUUAGCUCUGUUUAGCUCCCGGCACUCUGUGAAUCCCGUAAUAAAUAAGUUGGUCCAAGGGAAGUUAAUCAUCGUGACCUGUGGUGUCUAAAAAUCUCAUGCUCCCUGGUGUUGUUAAGGGAGCCUGUUUGUAAAUAGGGCAGGUCCCCUGCAUAUGGACAGUGUUUUUAUUCACACCCAGCGAACAAACACCUCCACCCAGUGUUGUUGUUUUAAAAGGCUCCAGCUGCUCAUGAAUACGGGGUCAGGGAGGGCCGCCUAAAUGUCUCUCUGUGCUUUCUCCCCAGCGCAGCCAGCAGAGCUGUUUCCUGUUCUUUGUUUCAAGGCUGGGGUUUGCGUCACGCAUUCCUGGUGGCAUAUGUGCUGCUCCUUCCUGUCCCGGCCCCCGCCGCCCGCCCGCGCGCUGCCCCUUGCCCCGCCACCUCCUCGCAGGAGGGACGUCCUGGCGGGACGUCCUCGCGGGAUGGACCUCCUCGCGGGAUGUCGCGGCCAGCCUUGGACACGCGCCCUCCGCUCCGGCGUGUUCACGGGGGAUGAGCCAAAGAGCCGCGCUCUCCUUGCUCAGAACUUGUGCUCCGGUCUCCGGAGGACCACGCGCCCGCUGUCUGCUCCCGCUCGCUCUAGCCCCGCUAAAGCCAUGGGGUCGCGCGGGUGGAAAGUCAGCGCGAGGAGAGCCCGCGUUCGCGGACACGCGGUUGUGGGAGCGCGUCGGCUCCCGUCCCUGCCCAACCUGCGCCCGCCGCGAGCGCCUUGUGUUUCCGUUCAGAUUACAGCGGCGGUUCCCGACAGCAAUACGUAUUUUCUCAUUAUCUGAACUAGAAGUCCCGCUAUCUUCUAGAUUUAAUACAGAAAAUGAGACACUGCUGCCUCACUUUUCUUUGGGAUAAUUAGAAAUCCAGAUAAGAAGUGCUGUUUGGCCACACAGUUUUGACCAGAACAUCACAGGCAUCAGGACAGCUCAAUAAAAAAGAUGCUAAUGUUUGACCCAGUCCCUAUCAAGCAAGAGGCCAUGGAACCCGUUUCAGUGUCAUACCCGUCCAAUUACAUGGACCAAAUAAAGCCAAACAAAUACAGCGUCAUUUAUUCCACACCAAGUAUGCUGCACAAUAAAUUCUACUCAAACCCCGAAGGACUAUCAAAUGGGAUCCAAAUGGAGCCAGUAGACCUUACGGUGAACAAGCGAAGCUCACCACCUUCAACGGGAAGUUCUCCUUCCCCUCUGAAAUUCCAGACUGUACACAGGAGAGCGUCACCUGGACUGGCUCUGUCCUCCCCCAGCUCACCUAUCAGCAAAUUCACACCGUCGCCCCCAGGAGUACAGCCUAUUUCCAUGCCAAUAACCAUCCCCCCCGUCAUGGCUGCAGCGCUGUCACGCCAUGGACUGCGAAGCCCCGGACUGCUCCCAGUUAUCCAGCCUGUCGUGGUCCAGCCCGUCCCUUUCAUGUACGCGCCCCACCUGCAGCAGCCGAUCAUGGUGUCCACAGUGCUUGCAGAUGAGAUGGAGAAUCCAAGCAGCAUGCCAGUGCCUGUCAUUGAGUCUUAUGAAAAGCCUGCACUGAAGAAAGCAAUUAAAGUAGAACCAGGAAGUGAACCAUCCAAGACUGACUUCUAUCCUGAGCAAAUGUCACCUCCCAUGAUGACCUCAUUGUCUCCCCAGCAAGUUAUGUUGCAAGAGAAUCACCCUUCAGUUAUAGUUCAGCCAGGAAAGAGACCGUUACCUGUGGAGUCUCCAGACACGCAAAGAAAACGCAGAAUACACCGGUGCGACUAUGAAGGCUGCAAUAAGGUCUACACUAAAAGCUCCCACCUGAAAGCUCACAGAAGAACGCACACAGGUGAAAAACCAUACAAAUGCACUUGGGAGGGAUGCACGUGGAAGUUUGCUCGUUCUGAUGAACUAACACGGCAUUUCCGCAAGCAUACCGGGAUCAAACCUUUUCAAUGCCCAGACUGUGACCGUAGCUUUUCACGUUCGGACCAUCUUGCUCUUCACAGAAAACGCCACAUGCUUGUCUGAGUGUCUUCUGUCCCUGCCUCCCAUCACACUUUUUUUUGUUUUUACAUGUGCAUUUUAAUUUGGAUUCAGCUGGUCUGAAUCUCUGAGUUUAUACCAUUAAAAGCUUACAUAUGGUCAGUAAUAGAUGUUAUCUAACCCUUCUAUGUCCUUGCCACGGGUCAGACCUAAAGAAUGUGAACACUUUUUUUUUUUCCCUGGGGAUGCUAAGCAAACCCUUUCAGCAGACAGUAUGUCUAAUGUAUUCCUUUGUGAAUAAGGGAACUUGUAAACUAACAACUUCUGUUGGUUUCUUCAUAUAAUCAACCCAGCAUAUACUGAUAAAGUAGUAAAUGUUAUUGAAUAUCCAGAAUGCUAGUCCUUGCCAGAGACUUUAUUUAUGUGCCCUGUAAAGGAUACACUCUCAUUUUAUGCUCAGCAAUGCAGUGAAUGGACUCUCCCAACCUCAUUGGUUUCUGCAAUAUGGUUAAUACAACAUUUUUAGAAAGACGCCUGAUCUGGAAAUCGCCUGUGCCUGAACAGUGAAUAACACUGUAAAAAUUAAUCAACAUAAUUACUUUACAGAAAGAAUGAUUCAUUCAUAAUAUUGCUUACCCCAGUCAAGAAGAAAAAUCAGGAGAAAUUUGUCUAUGCAUAGAGUUGUAUGGCUAAACCAAUCUCAUCUGUCCUUUGUAUUAUAGUGUAGUAUAUAACCUUGUUUUUACUGCAUAAUGCCCUGGUGGAUUUGUUAAAUGAAGACCUUGUGUGAGACUGUAUGUCUGUUUGUUGUACAACUGUAUGGAUGGAACACACAUGGUACUCUCCUAUAACAUGGCAUUAAACGAUAUUCAUAGAAACCUACCACACCUCAUUUCAGGGAUAUAGACUAUCCCUCUAUAAUCACUCCCCUACAUUUCCUCUACUCUAAAUAUUUUUUCUCUUUGCUGUACCUCAGAAAUAGCAAUUGUCAUGUCAAAAAUGCUCCCAACUGUAUUGUUGCAAGUGAGUGCCACUUUAAUACACUACAGUAUUUAAAAUUAUUAAUUCACAAUAUUUUAAUGACAAUAUGGCAUCAAAUAUGAAGUACUUCUGAUGAGAAACUAAGUCAUGUAUCUGUUUUGGAUAAAAAAAAAAAAAAGCAUGUAUCAAACCAUCUAUUUGAUAACUCUGAUAUGUGACCUCCUUAGUCUCUCAGUGGUAGACUGAGCUUUCCUGUGGAUGUGUCUAUUGCAUUAAAAUGUCACAUCAGCAAGUCUUAACUCCCAUGUCAAUUAACAAACACAACUCAAUAGAUAAAACAUAAAUAAAAUAAACUGAAUUCAAACAACCUGCAGUUGACCCUAGAAAUGUUCCAGCCUUUGGAGCCCUGCAGAAAGGGAAGUUUCUGUCUUCAUUAGCUGGCAGAUAUGGUGGCACUACAAGGAAACAGGAUGUAUUUGACUAGACUCUUAUGCACCAUUGAGGUUUUGUUCUUCUCCCUACAUCAGGUAAACAAACACCCUUCCCUGCAAAUUUAAACAAUCUGUAGUCGGAUUUUCCUUUAUCUUGGAAAAACCCACUGGAAAAAGGGGGGCAGGGGGUGGAGCAUCACAAACCUCCAGGAAAGGAGGCAGGUGAAGUGUCCCUCUGCAGAUGGAUACCCUCGGGCCCUGCGAAGGAGGUAUGCUCGGCUGCUAAAUCCUGCAGUAAACUGAAAUAGCCUUGCAGAUGCAAGAGUUGGAGCAGGAAGACCAUUUUCACUUUUGCUGCCUUGGUGGUAUAGUUUACCAGCUGUUCUGCUGACAUUCGCUAGCCCGGAAAAAGUAGAGAAAGGCAAGAUCUUGGAGAAUAAUGUUCAUUCAGUGGUUGCCAUAAAGUACAAAGUAUUGUUCAAAUUCUGUAACAAAUGCAUAUAUAUAGAAAUACAAAACUGGUAAUUUUAUCUAAGGAAUAGGUUGAAUGUUUAGUUGUGCUCCACAAAGGGGCAAAUGGGAAUUUGCAAAGCAGUGCUUCGAAUCUUUCUGCAAAGCUUUUAUAAGGAAGAUCCACAUGCGCUGUUAUGCCGCCAUAAAUCGUAGUGACUUCACCAGGAUCAGGUGAAGUUGCAGCAGAUUUGUGUUCUUGUAACUGAACCUAACCUGUUGAUUCAUGGAAUUGAAAAACCUGGAAAAUCAAUUGGUCUUUUUUUGAUUGGCUGGUUUGGUACUAACAUUGAUAAACUUCUAGGAAAGAGGAUUAAAUAAAUGAGCAACUGUCUUAGAAUGGGGAUUUUGUUGUUUUGUUGGAAAAUUUUUAUUUUAAAUGCUAGCAAUAUCAUGCAGAGUCCAAUUAGUCUUCUUUAUUAGGCUGUAGACAUUAAUCGUAGUUCUAUAAAUGUAGACAUGUCAUUGACUGAUAGGGCUGCGUGGAGCUUUUAUAGCGUCACUUGGGAGCCUAGAGAUAGUUGGGAUCUGAGGAUGAAAACAGUUCUCAGUUAUAUUCUAAGGGAAAAGAAGCAGAAGAGAUCUACACAGAUAAGCAGAUUACAGACAACCGAUCCCAUUUUUUAGCUUAGCAAAUUUAAACACAAAAUUCAGGAUGCUUAAGCAACAUUUGUUUCCAAUGCUCUUUUAGGGCUUUCAUACAAUGUUUUCUUUUAAGUAUUGUCAUUUUUUAACUAGAAAUCUAGGAUCAAGUACCUUAAUGGCAGAUCUUUGUAACUUUUUGUAACUAAGAGUUACUCUGCAGAAUUAAAUCUAAGGUACUUGCCAUGUUCCUUUAUUAGUCUAUCAUCUACCUUUUUCCUGAAAAUAUUUAUGACACUGGUAGGGACAAAUACAGUGGAGAUGCAAUAGAUUUUUAAAAUAACUUUAGCCAUGUGCCUCAUGAUUUAGGACAACAUGAAUUUAAAUAUUUAGUAUCAAAAUUUGAGAUUAUUCAAUGUAAAUGCCUUGUUUAUAGGAUUUUUUGCUUGUGUCUAUCAUGUGUUUUAAUGGGAUGUCAGAAAAUAUCAAAAGUAUAUUUUCAUCUUUCAGUUGAAAAUGUGAAUUUACAUCUUAAGUGGGUCAUUGACUCAUUUUAGCAAACUUCGAUUUGAGGGGUAUCUUGAAAUUUUUAAAUGUAUAAAACUAAAGAAAUACCUUAAAAAGCCAGUCUUUCCCUCUUUGACCUAAAGAGAAGCCAGUUUAGAUGUAAAGAUACACAAAACUAAUCCUGUGGAAGGUGUAUAUUUAAAAAAGAAAAAACCCUUUUUCACUAGCAGUUUUGCACUGUGCAGUGUGUAACAGAUUAUGUUUUACUAAAAUGUGCCUGUUAAAACCAUUUGAUUAUAAUGACUUACUAAUUUCUAAGACAAUCCUAUAAAGCUGAGCGGGUAUUACCGUGUGUGGUUUUAUUUCAAUAUACACUGCCAUUCUGCAGUGAUAUUUCUAUGCCACAGAUUGUUUAAAUAUGUUGCCUGGGGUUUUGUCUCUGUCAAGGUUAGCAACAUGUAGAUGAAUACAAAUCCUUUCUAUUAAAAUUACAAAGCAUUUUACAUAUCUUGAGGGCUACACCAGUUUUCAUUAUAUUUUACAGAUAUUAGCACUUUUCUGCUAUUUAUGUACUUUAAAUGUUAGAGGGUCAAAAUAAUCUUUCUGCUUAGCAUCUCUUACCUGCAAAUAUAGCAGGAAUGUUAUAUUUACUUUAAUACUUGUAUAAACUAUGCAGAAAAUUUUUAAUAAAAUGUAAUAUAUUUUAUAAGCUAAUAAGACUGAAUGGGUAAUUAAAAGUUUCUAGCGUGCAUUACUAUAACUUGCAAAUACAGAGACAUUUUGAUAAUCUUUCUUACUAAAGAUGUGAAUGUUUAAUGUACUUUCACUGUUUCUACUUUGGUAGUCCAAUGGGAAUUCAGUAAUGACAUUUUGUCAUGUCAAACUGUGAACAUAAAUUUGUACUGUACAGUCCUCAUUCUAUAUUUAGUAUACAAUACAUAUGUAUUAUACUUGUUAAUAAAACCAUCAGAAUAUUA